AUGCGUCUCUCGGAGCUGGUCACCUUGACGACGUUGUGGGCCCUGGCUCACGGCCAGACCAUCACGUUCCGCAGCCUCGAGGCCGCCGCGUCUGGGUCCUACUCCUCCUCCUCAGCACUGCCCACCAACGCGUCGUUCGUCUUCGACGGCACCAACUCGGACAUCGCGCAGCAGCUCUACAUCCGCCACAAAGCGGGCGACACGGGCGUCGCCCUCGACCUCACGUUUGUCCCCAGCGCCGUGACCAAGCGGCUGAGUCCUCUCAACAUCGCCUUCAACGACCUGCCGGGCCUCGUCCAGCGCGCUGUGCUCUGGGACUCGGGCUUCGCCGUCUCGCCCGACAACGACCCGGUGCAGAUCUGGACCAUGGGCGACUACUCCAUAACCGACAUCGCCAUCCCCAAGGCCGACGUGGCCAACGUGGACUGCACGUUCCUCAACUGCUCGCAGCCCAACGCCGAGACGGCCUACUUCACGAAGACCUGCACGGGCUACCAGAUCCUCAACGCCUCUCGCUGCGUCGUGGAUCUGUUCGAGGACCCAGGCGCUGGCAGCUUCCUGGGAACAAUGUGGUCAACUGGGGGAUUUCCCAACAGGACACCUGAGCUGAGACUAAGAGAGCACACGUGGACACAGGACAUCGACGAGUUCGGAGGCAACAUCACCUUCUCCGUCUACUCGGUUCACACGGUGCCCAGUAGGGAGGACUCAACUUGGAAUGUGUGUCCGUCGGGCUACGGGUCGUUGACGGUGCCGUGCAUCCCAAGAAACCAGGUCUCGGACGCGUACAUGGUUGCAAACACCUCGGUGCCUACGGGCAGUGCGUGGGUCACGACGUGGCUGGAAGACGAGUUCGCGGGGGACUCGGGUUUCAACAAGCUCCUGCUGAUCCCCAUUCUACUGAGUGUGUUGCUCGUUAUUGGUGGUGUUGGCUGGUACUUGUGGCGGCUGAGGGCGAAGAAGCUGGCGGAGAAGUUGACCUACGAGUAUGGCGCAGUCUCCCCGCACUACUGGAGUGGGGGCACCCCUGACAUGGUGGUUCGCCCCAUGGUGGUGACUAGCCAAUUGACGUCUCAGUUCUCGACGCUCUCGAGCCACUACGAGAGCGUCGGCUCCAACAAGACGCUGCAGAUACUGCUGGGCAGUGAGCACCUGCAAGGGAAGCACAUCCCGUUCGAAAGCUUGGCGUUUGAGAAGGCCAUCUCCAAGGGAGCAUCGGGGGAAGUCUGGAUCUGCGAGUAUAAUGGCCAAAAGGUGGCGGUGAAGAGGCUGCUGCAGACCAAGCACCAGAGAGCGCACGAUGUUCAGGCUUUCGCUGAAGAAAUUGAGCUCAGCGCCAGCCUCGCUCACCCCAAUAUCGUCGAGUUCAUCGGCGUGGCAUGGAACACUCUCAACAACUUGGUGAUGGUCAUAGAGCUCCUUCCUAUGGGGAGUCUGCAACGUUAUCUAAGAGAGGACGGGAUGUUAUUAUCAUGGAGCAAUGGCAAGCUUGAGAUGGCCAUCGGAAUCGCCUCAGCGCUGGAAUACCUGCACGCUCGGACGCCUCCGCUGAUCCAUCGCGACCUCAAGUCCAGCAACAUUUUGCUGACCAAGACGCUGGAGCCAAAGCUGAUCGACUUCGGUGCCAGUCGAGACACUAUCGACCUCACAAUGACGGGCGGGAUUGGAACGCCGUACUGGACGGCGCCCGAGGUGCUGGAAGGAAAGCGAUACUCGCAGCGAGCCGAUAUCUAUUCCUUCGGUGUGGUCUUGUCCGAGCUUGACACGGGCAAAGCUCCGUACGCAGAUGCUGUGACGGAGAACGGAGGCAUGCCAAAGCCGUUCUACGUUCUGCAGGACGUCAUGGCUGGCCGGUUGCGGCCAAGCUUCUCGAAAAACUGCCCCGUGUGGAUCAAGCGACUUGGAUUGGCGUGCUUGGCGCUCGAACCUAGAAAUCGACCAACCGUCCGCGAGUUGGUACACGAACUUCAAAGUCGCGGUGGGACGGAGGUCGCAGAAUGUAAAUAA